UUAAGAACAUGUGUAAUUUAAUAUUUGACAGAUGUCGCUUGCAGUCUGUCGCGCUCUAUGACGAGAAGCAGAGAAAAAUAUGUAAAUUUUCAACAAAAGGAUGUUUUCUACAAUAAGUAAAAGCUUAUUGGUGUAAAUAUAUACAUAUGUAUAAAAAAUAAUAUGUUUGCCCUCACCAACUGAAUAUAUGUAAAUAAUUUGCUUUUGCUGGCAUAUUAUUCGUGUGUAUGAAAAUACACGUGAGUUCAUCGAUAGGUAAUACAAUAUCAUUUCUGGGUACAUCCAUCCUAAUGGAAAGCACAUCCUUAGUUAGUCUGCGCUCUAAAUUGUGCAGUUGUUUGCAAAUACUACGACUUUAUGAUUGGCUUGUAAAUUCAUAUAUAUUGGAUUUUUACAUUGAUCAUCAUUGGAAUAAGUUGCCGGAAAGUUGGCGGCUACAUUUGGAACAGUUGCAUCCUGAAGAGUUAACUACUCUUUUAAAUUAUAACAAGUUAAGUAUGCAGAAGCAUGCUGUUUGGCCAUUGUCAUUAUUAGCUUUACGUCACUUAUUAUUACAAUUGAGUAUACCAAGAAAUCAAUCUACAAAUUCAAUCGAAUUGAGUGUAUCGCAGAGGCCUGUUCUUAGCGACAGAAAGCUUGGGCAUGCAUUUAAUAAAUGCGUUAAACCUAAGAAACGCCAUGAAAUACAGUUAAUGGCAUCCAUUUGUGAAUACAGCUGUCAAAUAUCGCCAGUUGAUUUUGUUGUGGAUUUCGGUGCUGGCUUAGGCCAUCUCGCUCGAGUACUUGGUUAUGGCUACGGCGUACAAGUUUCAUGCAUAGAAAUGCGUUCAGAACUUAAUGUACAAGCACGCUGUAUUGACACAAAAUUGGAAAGUGUUCUUCAAAAACAUUUACCACCAGCGAAUCUACCGUGUUUUAAACGACCAAAACAUGUAACAUUAUGCAUAACGCCAGACAUGCAACCACAUCAGUUUCUUCAUAUAAUUGCAGAAUCACAACAUAAGCCAAAUACAAAUUUUAAGUUUGGGAUAAUUGGUUUACAUCCCUGUGGUGAUUUAGCAGUUAUAUUAAUGCGUAUGUUCACAAAUAUUCCUCAGGCUCGUUUUCUUAAUUUUGCUAGUUGUUGUUAUAUGAAAUUAACUACGGCUGAAACACAAUCUAAUAUUAAACUACAAGGAUACCCUCUUAGCCAAUACUUAUUAAAACAACGGGAAUUCUCAUUUUUGAGUUAUGAAGCUCUUGAGAUAUCUUGUCAUGCUAUGGAAAUAUAUUGCGAUCGUCUGGCUUCAGGUGAUUAUGAAUAUUUAAAAGUGCAUUCUUUUCGAGCGGCCGCAGAGCGAAUUAUUAUUAACCAAUGGCCCAAUUUAAAACAUUGUGGGCUACGAAGUGUGAAGCAUGUUCCUGGUAUGGACUUCGAAGAUUAUUUCUACAAAGCGACUCAAGGAGUUGAGGCGUCCAAUUUGCCGCGUUCUGAUUUGCAAACUUCAACAACUAAAAACGAUUUACUUCAUUGGCGACGAAUUGUUAUUUUUUACACUCUCAGACUUAUGUUUGCACCGCUAAUAGAGAGUAUAAUACUAUAUGAUCGGGCUUUAUAUCUUCAAGAAAAUGAGUGUCAAGUAAAGAUUAACGCAGCUUUUGAUCCUCGCAUAUCCCCGCGGAAUCACAUAACUUGUUCCUUCAAACUCAAAUAAUAUUAUUAGAUGUUAUUUAAUAUUUUCCAAACAAGUUCCGCUACAGUAAGUUAUUGCCAUGCUGGAAAACGGAGAAAGCUUAAACCUUAUACAUGUAAUAAAUGAUAAAUUAAAUUCUGUCAAUUUA